CUCAUGUCGCUCUUCCAUUCCCAAGAUGAUUGGUCCUUACCCGAACGCUUUGAUGGUGUCAGUCGGGUUUAUAUUGGCACCUUGGGUAAAAUACGUCUCCUCAGUCUCUACUCUAUGGAACAACAAAUUGCCAUUCAUCACCUCUUAUCCGGCAUUCAAUCCAAUUCUUCCCGUAAGAAAUUACUUACCCUUCGUGCAGGUCAUGAAGGCUCCUUUCAACGCGAUUUUCAUACAUUGCUUUCUGGUAAAGUACAUGAAUCCUCUCUAUUAAAUAGAAAACCACGUCGUACGCGUUAUAUCUUUAUGUUGCUCAGUACACCUACUUCUCAUAUUGUUGAUAAAUUACAUCCUGUCUCGGAUGCUAUUGCUAAAUUACGUAGACCUUAUGCCGAAACUAUUUGCGUCUUCAAUUCAUCCGAGCUGGCUUCCCCUCCUCCUCCUCCUCUUAUUCCUCCUGUGUGUGUCGAACAAGAGACUUACAAGUGUGUCUCACCAGACUAUCUCUUGGAUCCUGCUUCUCUACGUGGAGGUCGUCUGUCUCCAAACUAUAGCAGAGCUGCAAAUAGAGAAAACGAUCAUUACAACCAAGAUGCUUCAUCCAUUGCUCCAUUCAUGGUUUUUCUCUCUUUCUCCUCAUCAAUUAAGC